GGUUGUUUUGUUUUUUUUUUGGGGUUAUUUUUUCCCCACCGAUUAUCAACAUUAGUUUUCACCUAAUCAUGUUCCCUAUCAGAUAUCUAAAUAGAUUAAGAUAUUCUGUUAUAGGUCUAGGAGGAAUGUAGAUCUAGAUAAGAAUCUAAUCUAGAAUAGCUAGUUAUUAGUAGAUCUAGAUGAUCAUGAUGGAGUAUGGACUAUGACUAACUUAACUAGAUCUAGUUAGAUUCUAGUUACUAUAGACUAUACUAUUGACAGAUUCUUAGUAUAAAAAUAAAAGACAUUUGAUAUUUGUAUACAAACUUAAAAUUCAUAAAACCCUUUUUGAUGCUGAAAUAAAACACAACUCCUUAUGUGCGAACUAUAAUCAAACAUAAAAAGGAAAAUACAGACUAGAUGAAAGACAUCUGCUAGUACAGUCAUCUGAAAUUAAAAACUGAAAUAGCCCUGCAAGGAUGGCUGGUGUCGAACAUGCUUUUACUACUGAUGUUGGAAGUGUUACGAUCAAAUGUGAAAAGGAAGAAAUUGAUGAAAGUGAUUUGAUGACAAAGUCUACAGAAGAACCAAGUCUCAAAGGGUCACAGAAGGCUGAGGUCAGACAAAGCUUUGAUACAGAUAUUAGGUUUCUGAAAAUUGAGAAGACUGAUGUGGAUAAACAACCAUCUGAAGAAAUUCUAGAUUAUCAAACUUCUAAUCUAAUCACCGGAUACCAGUGUCAGGUAAAUAUCAGUAAGCAGAAUAAAGAAAUGACUUUGGAAAAAGAUGUACUUUCUGCAGACUUACAAAAUCAAACUGAAAAAAAACAUUUGGGUGAAAUUCUCUCAGCAAAGCAGAAAAAAGUAUCAACAACUAAUAAGUCUAAAAAAACACAUGAAUGUGAAACAUGUCAGAAACGAUUUUCUAGCACUUCACAUUUAAAAAGACACCAAGUGGUUCAUGGUGCUAAGGAUGUAUUUCAAUGUCAGAUAUGUCAAGCAGGAUUUUCUCAGUAUCCAGAUUUUAAAAGGCAUCAGUUUGCUCAUACAGGUGAAAAACCAAUCAAAUGUGAACUAUGUCAAAAAGAAUUUUCUAAAUCUUUAACUUUAAAAUAUCACCAAUAUAUGUUUCAUGAUGGUGAAAAACCUUUGAAAUGUCAAAUAUGUGAUAAAACCUUUACACGAUUUAAAGAUUUGAAAAAUCACAUUUUCGGUCAUACUGGAGAAAAGCCAUUUAAAUGUAUUAUUUGUCAAAAAGAAUUUUCUGAUGCAAGCAAUUUUAGAAGACACCAGCUUGUCCAUACAGGAGUAAAACAGUUUAAAUGUGGAACAUGCCCGAAGGAAUUUUUUUGCUCUUCAGAUUUAAAAAGACACCUGGUGUUUCAUGCUAGUGAAAAAACAUUUAAAUGCGUUGUGUGUAACAAAGAAUUUUUUCAGUCUUCCCAGUUGAAAAGCCACCUUUAUGUUCACGCUGUUGAUAAACCUUUCAAAUGUCAAGUAUGUGAAAAAGAAUUUUCUCGCUCUUCAGAUUUGAAAAGUCACACCUUGGUUCAUACUGGGGAAAAACCAUUCAAAUGUGAAAUAUGCCAGAAAGAAUUUUCCAUUUCAAGCAAUUUCAAAAGACACCUGCUGGUUCACAGUAGUGAAAAACAAUUUAAAUGUCCAGUUUGUCAAAAAGAAUUUUCUCGCCCUUCAGAUGUAAAAAGACACCAACUUAUUCAUACUGGUGAAAAACCUUUUAAAUGUCAAUUAUGCGCUAAAGAAUUUGUUUGCAUGCCACAAUUAAAACUUCAUCAGUUUGUCCAUGCUGCUGAAGAAAAACCAUUUCAAUGUGAAAUAUGUCAAAAGAAAUUUACUCGGUCUACUGAUUUGAAAAUUCACAUGCUUUCUUAUUCUGAUAAAAAACCAUUUCAAUGUCAGAUAUGUCAAAAAGAAUUUGUUCGAUCUUCACUCUUGAAAAGACAUCAGUUGGUUCAUAGUGGGGAAAAACCAUUUAAGUGCCAACUAUGUCAAAAACAAUAUAGUCGCGCAUCCCAUUUAAAAAGGCACCAGUUAGUUCAUUCUAAGGAAAAGCACUCUUCUGUCUUAGAAAGUGCUUCAAGCAAUUGAAAAGGUUAGCUAGAGGUUAUUGGUGGAUUUUUUAACAUAUAUAUUUUAAAAUCUGAAAGAAAGGAAGGUUGGAAAUGUCUCUUAAUAAUUAGGUAUUUAUUUGGAAUAGAUUAGUAGCCAUUUUUAGAAAAAAAAUGUGUUAAUAUUGUUUGUAUGUUUUUUUAAUAAAAAUUUCAAGAUAAAUUUUCACAUUUAAUUGAUAGCAUUGCAUCUGGAAAUAGCAGACACAAAACAUAAAGUAAUAUUUAAAAAUAGAAAGCACUUCUGUUACAGCUUUCUAAGAAUUUUGUAUCAGUCCAUGUCUGUGCUACAAUUUGUACAUUAAAGAGGGUACUGUUCUUGACUUUCCUAUUCCAACAACACUAACAGAUCAACAACAGACGUCUCAUUCUUAUUGGUUCCUACAAACUGUAUAAAAAAAAAAAAUAGAAUUCUUCAUUCACACACAGUUUCAAUUUUCCCCCUUCCUAAAAAAAAAUAUGUUGCAAUAAUAAAUCUUGAACAACAGACACAAUAAGACCAAAACAAAACAAGGUUACAAAAGACAGUUUGUGUGGAAACACAAACUCAAAAUCGGCCCCCGAAGUAAAAUGUUUUACAUAAUUCGGAUAAUCCUUCAGAGUUGAAGAUAGUUUACUUCCUAGUCCAAACCUCCUGCAGGACGACGGGGGAUGGGAGCAGGCAGGGUUUGAACCUUCGAUCGUCGAUAAAUCCAAACGACAGUCUAGCGCGCAAACCGCACGACCAGUGGUCCACCCAGGUAGGCUUCAAUAUUUUCAGAAAGAAAAUCCGAAUGAAAUUAUAUCAAAGACAAAUGAGAGAUAAGAAUGGAGAAAGAAGGUUAACAGAUCUUGUGUAGUGCCCCAACCAUCCCACAGAUCAAAGGAUAUGUGAAAGUGAAUGUAAAGUUAGAUGUGAACCUGGCCUAACUAGUUUGUGGUCUAUAGGGCAGAUGAUGUAAAGUUCAUCUGUUUUUGUGGCCUACGGUUAACGAUGGUGUCAUGUAGCCAGCACAACGACCAACCGCCUUUGCUUUUCCCCAACUAAUGUCAGGUACCCAUUAGAGCUGGGUAGACUCAGAAGUUGAAAAUCCCAGUCUUCACCAGGAUUCGAACCCGGGACCCUCUGUUCGAACUAAAUAAGUUAAUUGUUUUUAAAGGCUCAAUCUCAUAUUCGAAUACUCAAAAAAAAAAAAAAUUUCCGCUAUAUAGAAAAAAUGUUCACGAAAAUGAUGUUUAUAAGAUUACUAUUCGUCUUAAAUUAGGUCUAACAUACUGCAUACUAAUUAGCUUUUUCUUAUAAAAAACUGCUUGCAUAAUUAAUUUUAAAAAUUAGAAUUUUCGCUUUCAGGAAAAAAAAAAGUAGCCGUUGCAUCAGAACUUUGAAUGGUCUAAAAUAUUGUGAAGUCGGAUUUUCAUUAUCUCUUCUAGUUUACGAGAUCUAAACGGGAUGGACGGACAGACAUUUCGCACAAAACUAAUAGCGUCUUUUCCCCUUUCGGGGGCCGCUAAAAAUUACAAAGCCAUAUGACUCUGAUAUGCCACAUAGGUCCUAUAGAGUGUUUCAGUUGAAUCAAACAGCUUCAGGAAUUUAAAUGCUCUUUUCUUUAAACUGACUUCAUGUUAUGAUUUUGUUUUUUACCUGCAUUAAAAGCUCACAUUGGCAGAAAGCUUUUUAUGAUUCAUUUUCCACUUUCUUUUUCAAGAUCCUUAACAAAGGAGCAGGAUCAGUAUAUAGGUAGAGUGAAAAAUUAUUAAAAAUAAAUACAUGCAACAAAUUUAAGCAUGCAUGAUAGUAGCAUCAGGUUUGAUAGCUGUGUUGUCUGUUCAACGAAUAUUCAAGAAAAUUCACGCUGAGUAAGAUUUACUGGUGGAUUCAGUUAUUUUUUUUGUUUUGUCAUUAUUGAUUUGAGUUUUCUUUUAGCAAAUGUUUAGUAAAAUCUGCCUUGCUAUUCUCUACCUCUGGCUCCUGAAGUAGUUCUCCCACCUUUCUGUCUCAUUAUUGCCAAGGUUGCAAAUGUUUAUACAUUUUACUUUUAAUUUUUUCAUGCAGUAACACUCACAGUUAAAUACAAGGGAUUUCAUAAUUUAGGUCUUGUUUUUUCAAAAUAUUGUUCUCUGCAUUUAAAACAAAGUAGUGAAUAAGUAAUCGGGAAUGUCAGCUGGAAAAGAUGUUCACUAUUCUAUCAUAUAUAAGGCAGCAGUGUUAGUGCAUUAAACUUUUGUGGCAGUUCUCCCAGGUAUAUCUGAAAGACUCUUAGUUUACUAAAUUAGUAAUAGGAAGCUACAAUGCAAUAUGAUUUUGGAAGAAAUACUGAUACUAACCCUAACAAAUAGAAAAUGUCAAGUAUCUCUAAUUUUUAUGUGAGAAAUUGAAAUUGGAUACAGGUACUUUUUUUUUAACUGUCCUAAGAGUGGUAUCUUAUUGCUGAUAAUACUUUUAGAACUGUAGGCCUAUGGAAGCUGUUUGAACAAACUUCUUUUUGGGAAAGAUAAGACAAUGUAACUUAUUACAUCCCUAUUAGCGAUGGCUUGUAUCCCAGAUUAGAAGAGAGGCUAAAACUCCUCCAUAUUCCUUCUCUGUAACACAUCACCUGUGCAGCUGUGCACCAUAAAAAAAGGUCCCAUGAGGAACGGUACAUGGGCAUUGACAUGUUUGUUUUUGGCUUUCAUCCAACCCCACCAGUGCAAUGGGCUCUUUUUUUUUCUUCUUGUUUGCCCAAUGGUUUCCUCUAAUAACAGUUUCCACCUGAACACCUAUGUGAGGCUAGAAACAUUGCCCAGGGAAAUUGACCAACCCUUGCAAGCUUCUCUUAGCAAAAAUUUAAAGGAUGUAUGGUACCGGUACAUUUAAAUUAGUUUUCUAACUACUGCUCAAUCUUAGUUGAAUAUGUAUACUUUUUUGGACUGAAUUCCCACAGGAGAUUAAAGAUUUCUUAAAGUAUGCAUAUUUCAUAUUUCUGAUUCUAUAUAUAAGGUGCCAGACAGAUUUUUAAAAUAUAAAAACAAGGCACUUGUAAACACCAUUGUCAAUUCAAUGAAAAAUGUUAAAUAGCCAUUCUAAGAAAGCCCCACUGAAAAAGUUGAUUGCAAAAGAUAAUUUUCUUGUUCACCAAAAUAAAAUGAUCUUCGUAUGGAUAUGUUGUCAAUGUUGUGUCACUUAAAUAAUGUGUAUUUAAAUAAGGCAUAUGUUGUUUUUUUACUGUUUCAAAAUAUACAAUAUUAUUUGUACAAUUGUAGUUUUUGUAGUUCAAAUGGUAUUUUAAUGACAAUUGUAAUUAUUAAAUAUUUUAAUUUUUAA